UUUUGUGAGCAGUCCUUUCUGCCCCGUAGCUCAACCCCUGCUUAUCUGAGAUCGACACGAGAGGCGCCCCCCCGCCCCCCCUGAUGUUGUCAAGCACUACGAGCGGGCCUGAGGUUGCUGGCUUCAAAACACCGGCGACAAAAAAAUCCCACGGCGGAGAAGCGCGUCUGCUGCGAUGCCAUUGGCUUCAAAUUGCCUUCUCUCCCCCUCUCCUUCCGUGCCGGUGCUGGAGAGGCCCCCACCGCCCUCGAGGCUGCUGCCAGCAGCUGUUGCUCUCUUAUUGUGGCCCCACCCUACAGUGCUAGGAACGCCUCCCCCCCGCCCCCCUCGAGUAGGCGGUCCUGGCAGCAGCUGAGCGUCGUCGAGUGCCUCCAACUCCUCAAAGCGUCUCCCAAGUCCUCGAAAAGCUUGGCUCGGGGACCGCCAAGGACCGGCAGGACCAGGAAGUCAAGCUGCCCAAACCAGGAAGUAGAUAACGGAUGCGGGGAGCGACAACACGUGGCUUACUCCGAUGUCGCUCUGAAAGGGCGCGCGCGGCCAAAUGUGCCUGCAAAUGGUCGAGCGUCUGGACUGCGCCGUCGUGUCCGAGCCGGAAGUGAAUUCUGCCAUAUCCUGAACAUCCUUCAUUGCCCCCGCCUGCCCCCAUCACACACACACACACACCUGAUGCGCCACACACAUCACCAGUGAAGCCCCCAGCAGCGGCAGCUCCUGAGUGAGUGUGGCUCCCCCACUCUCCCCCCCACUCCAACCGAGCCUUCCGCCCCGCCGGGGAUGUCGGCGCUGACGCGGCUGGCGCUGGCAGCCAUCACCGCAGCCUCCGUGCUGUGCGUCUACUUCCUGUCCGGGAACCUGGAGACCUCCCUGGCGCUGUCCUGGGCCCACCUCGGACCACCGUGGAGCGACCCGCGUCUCCAUAGCAACCGGAGCAACCCCGUCCCCUCGCCGGCGGUCCGUCCCGGGACGACGACUCCGCCGCCGGCCGCUAACGUGACCCGGCACAAAAAAAAUUCCGGGAAUCCCACAGAGCCCCCCUUCAUCGGGGACUCCUACGCCAGUGAAAAUGUCGUGCCGCAAACCGACUGCCCCGACGGCAUCGGAAGUCGCGUUGCCAAGUCGGACGUGUCUGAGCUGUUCCUGAAGAACGUUCCGGUGCUGCAGUGGUCCAAACACGCCACGGCCGCCGAAUACCUUCGCCUCCGUCCGUACGUGGGCGCAAACGGCUGGGGGAGCCUCACCUAUCAAAUGCUGUCAGACACACUGUCGCUGCUCAACUCGUCCGCCAACGGCGUCGUGUUGGACGACUGGGCGAGUCGCCGCGACCCGUCCCGCUGCACCCGCUGCGCCGUGGUCGGGAACGGCGGCAUCCUGAAGGGCUCCAAGAUGGGGAAGGAGAUUGACCAGCACCACUACGUCUUCAGGACGAACGGUGCCAUCCUGGCGGGCUUCGAGGAAGACGUGGGGGUGCGCACCACCCACUACACCUUCUCCACCAACACGCUGAUGAACUCCAUGAUGAACUACGCCUCUGCCGGCUACCGAGGGCCGCCUCGGUCUCAGGAAACGCGUUACGUCUUCCUGCCCGACCACGACCGCGACUACCUGCUGAUGAAGGCGGCGGCCCAGCGCACCCUCGUUGACCAAGGACGGGAACGAGGCAAAGAUCCGACCGCGUACUUCGGGAAGGACGUGACUGCGGCCAAGCUGAAGAUGUACCAUCCCGACUUCAUUCGCUACCUCAGAAACAGGUUCCUUCCGUCCAAAACCUUGAAAACCAAAUACAAGAACAUCUACCGGCCGUCUACCGGCGCCGUCAUGCUGCUGGCGGCGCUGCACAGCUGCGACCGCGUCAGCGCCUACGGCUUCAUGACGCCACAAUACAAAAAGUACUCGGACCACUACUACGACAGGAAGUACCACCCGGUAGGAUUCUUUGUUAACCACGACUUGAUGUUAGAGAUGAACCUGUGGCAGCGGCUGCACCGAGCCGGCCUCAUCGCACUUUACAUGCGCUCGUGAGUACUCGCGGAUUUUCUCCCGGAUGCUCUUGAACGCCCGGCGAAUACUCGCCGUUGCUCCUCAACAUUACCGAACGGCUUUUUCGAAGCCCCUGAAUGCAUCUCAAAGACUGCUCCUGAAUGUUGCUAAACACCCCUCAAGCCGCUCGGCGCUCUUCUUCUGAACGGGCGUCAACGCACCCGACUGAAUGCUCCCGAACGUUCCUGAACGCUCAGUCAUGCCCUUGAACAACUGAAUUUUUCUGAGUAUCCCUGAACAUUUCCGACCACUCCUGAAUGCUCUUGAACGCACCCGAGUGAAUGAAACAUUCCAUCACGCUCUUGAACGCAACCUUAAUGAAUACUUCUCAGCCGCCUUGAACAUUUCGGAACGCGCUCAACAAUGCCCCCGAAUGCUCUUGAAGGUGCCGAAUGAAUUUUUCUGAGUGCCCCUGAACAUUUCUGACCGCUGCUGAACGUUGCUGUACACUGUUGAACGCGCCUUGGCGAAUGCUACAGAGCGCUCCUCAGCCCUUUUUGAACACUCCUGAAUCCCUCCUGACGUUGUUGUUUAUUUAUUCCCCGCGCAUUUGCACGUCCUCAACCACUCAUUUUGGGCCAGCGGACAGCUCCUCCCGAAGGAGAGGCAUGAGUUUCCCUGAGCGAAGCGACUUAGUCAACGUGCUAACCUGAACGACCAGUACGCUGUUCUGGUCGUUUCAUUGUGCCCUGGCCAGCUCAAAUUCUGCUGUUGGCGGGUUCCUUGUCGAUGGAACCGCAAGCAAAAAGCAGCCUGCUGAGCGAUCUCGACGGUGUGCUAGGCCGGUCGCCGUAGCAACCAGCAACUGGACCCCCCCGUUGCUAGGGUAGCAGCAGAUUGGAACGCUCACUACGAAAUAGCCUCCUGCCUUCCCACAAUGGGUCUUCUCCCGUAAAGAAACUUGUUGAACAACUUUUUGUUUCUUUCUUUCUUCAUGGUUAAGACGUUUUGGUUUUGAACAUGUUUUCUUCUGAGGCAUGUCGUUUUCUGUUUACACUUCUUUUUGAAAAGCCGGUUUCCUUUUCGACGUGUCAAAAGAAACCUGUUAAUAAGCUAACUCUUUAAUCUUUGAAACCCUUUUUUUUUCUUUUGGGACAUGGUUUUAUGUUAUUUUCUUUUAGAUAUGAUUUUCCUGUUUGAUAUCUUUUUAAACGUAUUUAUUUUAUGUCUGAAAAACAAAUCUGUUUAGACACCUGCUUUAGUCUGUUUGAUUUUAAAGAUACAUUUCCUUUUUAGUCCUUAAAACAUCGAUGACAGUGCAAGUCAUGUGACUGACUGAUAUGAGGAAGCAAACCAAAGUGACCUUUGUUGACUGUGACUGCUGUCGUCUCAGUGACUUAUUACGUUUUUAAACACUCCUGUUUUUUGUGUAAUAAAAGCCGAAAAGCUUA